AUGGCUUUUGAAGAUCUUGGCUUUGAUUUCAGCGAUGAGCACGACGACUUUGACGUGGUGAACACUGUCUUUUCAACGGAUGAUAAUGCAGCAAAAAGAGAAUCAAGUCCACCUCGAGAUAAUAACCAAGGACAUCACACUAUACCCAAUCAACAGCACAACGAGACUCAAGUUAAUGGUACUCAUCCGGAUGUGAAUGAUGAUCAAGGCGAGGACGACAAAGCAGCGAGGAUUCAAGAUACAUCGGAUGAUCAUAAGGAAAAAGAUCCGUACAACGGCCUUGAUUCAACAGCUGGUUCCUAUGCCGAUGAUUACAAUGACACGGAUGAAUAUCUUGAACCAACACCACCCGAAGGCUUUGGAUCCGAUUCAUUGAUUCAGGUCAUGUCCGAAGAAGUCUCCGCUGAUGAUCUGGACGAUGAGCUUAUCAUGGAUGAAUCAUUAACGCCAAUGGAGAGGAUUUACAUGUUUAAUAAGAGCGACAUGCUGAUUCACAGAUUGCUGGUAGCCAAGGAAUUGCCAAACACCAUAUAUGAGAUCAGCGUAUCAGAAGCAGUCAAUUACGUACUACCCAUGGUGCUCAAGAUUGCAAUCGACCACGAUGAUACCGUUCGAGAGUCAUUUGUUAGCGAACUGGACAAGAUCAUUAUGUUUUAUUAUACGCAUGCACCUCCUCUAUUCGAUAAGUCGGGCGAAUCAUCACAAUCACCUAAUAAGAUGGUCGAGUCAACGUCACCUGGACAUCUUCAACAGCAUCAACAACAUGAUGAACCUGAUACUAUUUCGGUUCCCGCGCCGGCUGUAGAUGGCACCACUACCGAGACAUCCACCCUUAUCGACCAUGAUACCACUGAAGCAGAAGCAGAACAACAUGAUCAGCAAUUGGAAGGCGAACGAGGAGGUGAUGAACAACAUGAGCAACCGCCAUCGACAACGUAUACCACCAAUGAGCUUGAAAAUGCGCCACAACAUGAAACACAACAACAACCAUCAGACCAUGAUCAGAAAACAAUGACUGACGACCUCCAUAUUCCUCAAUACGCCUUUGCACCACUAUUGAUUGAAUUCCUCCUUGAUCAAAACUCAAGCUUGGCUUCAUUGGGUCAGCAAUGUAUUGUCUCAGUAGCAAGCGAGCUCGCAUCCAAGGGCAAACACCAUGAGCUUUACAGAGAUUUGUUGGAUACCGAGAUAUUUGAAGGAGUGGUACUUGGCUUGAUGGCGAUUGUGGAUGGUAAACCACGACAAGGCGAUUACGAUCAAGCAUUAGACAAUCAUGAGAAAUCAUCAGCGGAUGAGAUGGAUCAAGGCGAAAUCAAUCUAGCCAAGAUGAUGUGUCUUUCGCUGAUUUCUGCUUUAGCUGGUGUAUUGGGCCCAGAACGUUGCACGAGUCGUUGUUUACCUCUUAUUGAACGAAUGGCGAACGAUCCCAUGUUCUAUGUGCGGAAGGAAGCAGCGGCAGCUAUCGGUAAUUUGGCCACCGUGGUUGACCCUCAAGUGGCAAUCGACCGUUUGCUUCCUUUGUAUCAAAACUUUUCCCGAGAUACCAUUUGGCAUGUUCGUCGAUCGUGUGUUCUCACACUCCCAUUGUUAUGUGGCAUUCUACCGGAUGAGACACGUGCACAAAUCGCUGUAGAUGGUGUCAAGCUCUUCAAGAAUGAUGUCUCAAGGAAUGUUCGCAACACACUUGCCGAAGUCAUUGGUGAGCUCAUUGCCAAGUUUUUGCCUGAAGAUUGGGAAACUACUGGAAAACCAGGAAAGGUACCUGAAGCCUUGCUCGAGUUCUUUUUAUCCUUGGGUCCCAGUAACGGCGUCAACCAAAUGUACAAAUCCGAGACCGAUCGUGCGAUUAUUUGUGCAUACAACUUUCCAGCAGUGGUAUUGACAGCGGGUGCCGAAUAUUGGGAUUCACAUCUCAAAGACACCUAUUUGAGCUUGACCAAGGAUUACCAAAUCAAGGUUCGUCGCACGUUUGCCUACUCGUUGCAUGAGAUUGCUCGCAUCAUUGGCCCUGAUCGCACUGAACGAGACUUGGUUCAAAUAUUUGCACUCUAUUUGAUGGAUCUGGAUGAUGUCAAGCAAGGUGUUUUGGAGCAUUUGGCAGAAUUCCUUGGCACUUUGGCAGUGAGCUCAAGAAACGAGUACAUUCCAAUCUUGGCAGAAGUAUGGGAUGGUGUCAUGACCAAUUGGCGUUUACGUGAUAUCCUAGCUGGCCAACUACGCGAUAUCGCAUUGUUGUUCGAUGCAGCACGUGUGGUUGAACACAUUUUACCUCUUGCAAUUCGAGCAUGUCAAGAUGAAUUCGCUGCCGUGAGAGAAACAGGUGUCGAAUCGUUCCCUAUUAUCCUUGACAUUGUCAAACGCGCAGUUGAUGAGGAUGGCGAGACUCUUUCACAAGCUGAUCCCGAGAGUGAUGAUAAUAGCGAUAGUCGCCGUGAAUUUGCCUUGGCCUUGUUGAAUCAUGUGAUGGAGAAGCUCGAUGAAUUUGUUCGAUCUGAAUCUUAUCGUGGACGUUUGAUAUUUGUGCAGAUUUGCAAAGUGCUGUUGGAAGCAGGAAUUUGUGCAGCGGACUUUGCCUCUUUCUUUUUACCAAGGUUGAUUCCAUUGGCCAAAGAUCCAGUAGUAAAUGUGCGCAUUGCAGCUGCAAGAGCAUUUCGGACCAUCCAAAUGCAUGCAUAUCGCCACGAAUUGACUGAUUUGAUGUUAUCUGACAACAUUGGGGAGCACGAUACACCAUCGGAAUUGAACUUGGAGCAAAUGCUUUAUCAGCUGGCCUUAGACACCGAUGCCGAUGUGCGGUCGUUUGUGAGUGAUCUUGUGGAUCAGCAGCGUUUGGAGCAAUGCAGGAAUGAGAUCAAGGCUAUGGAAGCUGAACCUCAAAACAUGGGAACACCUAUGCAAGGUAUUGAGGGAGCAUCUCGUUCACCAUCACCGGAAGUCUCAUCCCCAGCACAUGGUGACGAUAUUGAGAGAGAAAGAACAUCGGAUGAUGAAGUGGCCAUGACAUCUGCUGGUACACCUAUGGAUUGCAGUGCCGAGAGUGAUGACAGCAACAGCGAUCAUGAAACUUUGGUGCAUGAACAUGACGAAGAUGGUGAUGAGACCAUGGCCGAAGUCGAGAAACAUGAUGAUGAUGAUGAUAACGACCACCAUUCAACACGAAUCGAUAAUGAAAGAAUGUCAUCUCCACCACAAUAUCAACCAUCACUAGCAGCAACGGCUACCACAACGACCACGACGACUACAACAACAACAACAGCGGCAUCAGCUUCAUCUUCAUCAACCGACGAUAAAGAAAGGGAUGAAUACGUGUAUUUAUCCAAAAGCAUGCUCCAUCAAGAUGAGAUUUCACAUUCAGGGUCGUCAUCCUCAAGUAUCAAUCCCCAAUCAUCUCCCAACGAGAGUGCGUAG